AUUGUCAGCAUACGGAUUUACCAACAGUAUUUCUUAAAACAAACUUGCAAGACUUCACAACAACUCCUCAACAAUAUCUACUGAACAUAUAUCUAUCAUGGAACUCACUAUAACACUUUUGAACGGGAACUCACUUCCCCUGACAGUUCAGCCACACACCACUGUGGGGUCUCUCAAGAGUUUGAUUGAAGAACACUUUAAAGUGGCCACAACAAAGCAGAGGCUGUUAGGUGUCAAUGGGAGCAACAUCAGUCUCAGCGAUGAUUCAAAAACUUUGAGCGACUACGGCCUGCAUUCAGGAUCUAAAGUGAUGGUGCUGAUUACGGAGCCCGCUCCUAUCCAGGUGUUCCUGAAAAACGAAAAGGGCCAGACACACACAUAUGAUGUGGUGCCUGGUGAGACUGUAACCCAGUUCAAAGCCAAGGUACAAAACAAGGAGGGAGUCCCUGCCAACCAACAGAGGCUGAUUCAUGAGGGUAGGCAGCUCGAGGAUUGCCAGACGCUGGAGUACUACAACAUCAGAAAUCAAAGCACCAUCCAUCUGACGCUCCGUCUAAGGGGAGGCUGAAGAAACCCAGUAUCGACCUGAAAC